GCUGUGGAUGCAUCGCUCAAAGGGGCAAAAACAGCCCAGAAACGUUGUAUCUAAGCCAUGUACUGCUUUUGCGGGGAAGCGUGCGCCAUAUAUCGGCAUCGAUUAACACGUGUCUUUAUGUAUAUUCUGUUCCUGCAGGGUGAGCAUCCUGCACCCAGCCAACCGGAAAAAAGAAAAAAAAAACUGUUCCAGAACACUUCGAUGCUGGAUGAGAGCUCAAUGGGCAUUGUUCAGUAUUGUUGAACUGUUGGCCAUUGUUCUUCGAGCUGCUGUUGAUUUGAUGCCCAUGCAAUCUGUUUAGCUGCCUUGGUCUCUUCUUGGGUUAUUGUACU